GCUGCGGGGCGGGCGGACAGACUGCGGGGCGGACGGUGGACGCAGGGACGCGGUUUUAGCUCCGGCCCCACCGAUCCGACCCCCGCUGUCGUCGCAGCCAUGACGGGGCUGGCGCUACUGUACUCCGGUGUCUUCGUUGCCUUCUGGACCUGCGUGUUGGUCGUGGGACUCUGCUACACCAUUUUUGACCUGGGCUUCCGCUUUGAUGUCGGAUGGUUCCUGACUGAGACUUCCCCCUUCAUGUGGUCCAACCUGGGCAUUGGCCUAGCUAUCUCCCUGUCUGUGGUUGGGGCAGCCUGGGGCAUCUAUAUCACUGGCUCCUCCAUCAUUGGAGGAGGGGUAAAGGCCCCCAGGAUCAAGACCAAGAACCUGGUCAGCAUCAUCUUCUGUGAGGCUGUGGCCAUCUAUGGCAUCAUCAUGGCAAUUGUCAUUAGCAACAUGGCUGAGCCUUUUACUGCUACUGACCCUCAUGCCAUCGGCCAUCGAAACUACCAUGCAGGCUACUCCAUGUUUGGGGCUGGCCUCACAGUGGGUCUGUCUAACCUCUUCUGUGGAGUCUGCGUGGGCAUCGUGGGCAGUGGGGCCGCCCUGGCUGAUGCUCAGAACCCCAGCCUUUUUGUCAAGAUUCUCAUUGUGGAGAUCUUUGGCAGCGCCAUCGGCCUCUUUGGGGUCAUCGUCGCAAUCCUUCAGACCUCCAGAGUGAAGAUGGGUGACUAGAUGAUCUGUGUGGGUGGGGCCGUGCCCUACUGUUAUUUAUUGCUGGUUUUCCUGGGACAGCUGGAGCUGUGCCCCUUAGCCUUUCAGGGGGCUUGGUGUUCAGGGCUCUCCCUGCACUCACCUCUCGCUGCCUGUCGACUUGGAGACACUGCAGUCCAGGCUGAAUCCUCAGCGUGGGGAGUGGGCUGCUGAUGGCGACUCUAUGCAGCUGUGCACCUGUGUCCCUCACCUCCACCCCCAACCCAUCUUCCCAGUAUUUGUGAAAUAAACGUGGUAUCUGUCCGGGUCA